AAAGUUAUGAAUUUGAAAUAGUUGACGUCUGAAAAUUAACCGGAUGACGUCUAAAGAGUAAACCGGAUACCUGCCGCUGCAAAAAAAAAAACACGUGGCGUGUUUAAAAGUAUGGAAGUAAAAGAUUUUACAAUUGCUAAGUUAAUAAAUACUUGAUAUGGAGAUUUUUUUUACUCAUAAAAAUUCUACCCGACUUUGACUUGAUCUAAAAAAAUUACAAUUGUAACUAAAAUUCUAAUGUUUCAAAAAAAAAAACUAAAAUACUAACAAAAACAAUCCAAGUUCAAAUGAUAUUAUUACCGAGCAUAGCAAUACAAGAUGAAUGUGUGAGAAAAUAGCAAUACAAGAUGAAUGUGUGAGAAAAGCUAUGGUUCCAUUCGACAUACUCGGGGAUAAAGUUCUGAAUCUGAAAUAGUUGACGUUUGAAAAGUCACUAGAUGACGUCAGUAAACUGGAUACCGGCCGCCGAAAAAAAAAAAAAACAUGUGCCCUGUUUAAAAGUAAGGAAGUAAAAGAGUUACUCAUUCAUUCUGCUACUCUUUCAUGCCCCGCGAAUUCACCAUCCUGUUGCGUUCACUCCAGUGCCAUUGAACACAGAUGACGUCAAUUGAGAAGAGUGUUAACAGUACUAUAAUGAAGCGUGCAUCUAAUAGUCCUCCAAAAUCUCCUGAUAUAAAUAAUAUUGUUGGAGACCCAGAGAAAAAUCCUCGAGUAGGUGCUGAAUACCAGGUGGAAGUUCCUUCCAUGAUAACAGAAUUAGAGCAGCUUCGGCUUCAAAGGAACCCUGCUGAUUCAGAAGCUGUGCAAGAUCGCUCACUUUCCUUUGCAUUUGGUUUGCCCAUCUCGGUUUCGUGGAUACAUAAUGAAGUGGAGGAUAGUGAAGACGAAGGACAGGGAUACCAUGAAGACACUGAUGGUACAGCCGAUGCAAUUAAACCUGAAAAAGCAGCUAAUGUGAAAAAGAACGGCGUAUCAGACGAUGGGGCAGAGCUGAAACUGAUGGCUGGAGACAACAAGCUUGAUCAACCAGGCAGAAAGAAUUUUUUUGUAAUUUCCCCUUGCAGUUUGAGUAACUCUUGGAGUGAUACUGAUGUAAAAAGAUUUCUCCUUGGUUUGUUUAUUUUUCGGAAGAACUUUAAUCAGAUAAAAAGAUUCUUAGAGAACAAAGGGAUGGGGGAGAUACUGUCAUUUUACUAUGGAAAGUUUUACAAAUCUGAUGAGUAUCGAAGAUGGUCAGGGUGCAGGAAGGCAAAAGGUAGAAAAUGUAUGACAGGACAUAAACUUUUUACUGGAUUGAGGCAACAAAAACUAUUGUCUCGCUUGAUUCCCCAUGUCUCUGAAGAAUCUCGAGAGACUUUGCUAGAGGUUUCCAUGUUAUAUGUGGAGGGGAAAACUUCUCUAGAAGAAUAUGUAUCUUAUUUGAAGUCUCUUGUUGGACUUGAUGUUCUUGUGGAAGCAAUAGGCAUUGGGAAGGAGAAGGAAGACCUUACAAGACUUCCUGCGGAACCUGUGAAGAAAACUAAGGUGCUUCCCACACCAACUUGCAAAGCUUGGUCUUCUCUUGAACCCAGUGAGAUAAUGAAAAUUUUGACCGGAGGAUCUCGACUGAGCAAAGCCAAAAGUAAUGAUCUCUUCUGGGAAGCUGUUUGGCCGCGCCUACUGGCAAGAGGUUGGCACUCUGAGCAACCGAAGAAUCAAGGCUAUCUCGGCUCCAAGGGCUGUCUAGUUUUUCUUAUCCCUGGUGUGAAGAAGUUUUCAAGGAGAAAACUUGUCAAAGGUGAUCAUUACUUUGACUCUGUUAGUGAUGUCUUGAGCAAAGUGGGAGCUGAACCAAAUCUUCUUGAGCUAGAAGAAGCUAAAGCUGGUAGCUGCAUUGAUGAAGAGCCAGAAAAGGGAUCAAGCGAAGAUGAUCAAUCUGAUUUUCAUCGUCAAUGUUACCUCAAACCCCAAGGUUCUACAAGCGAUGAAGACCAUAUGAAAUUCAUGGUUAUCGAUACCAGUUUGGCGCAUGGAGGGAAGUCAUCUGAUAUAAGGGCAUGGAAGUCUGUGCCUAUUAAUUCAGUAAGUAAAAUUGAUGUAGAUGCGGCUGGUGACAGCAUUGAUAAGAAUUUGACUAUGUUCACGGUUAUUGAUACCAGUUUGCUUUAUGAGGGAAAAUUAUUGAAGAAGGUGAGAGUACUGAGAAAUCCGCCAGUUGAAUCGGACAAUGCUUCUAAGAUGACUGGUCUUUCAAGAAAAAGUAAGGGUAGCUCUCCUAAUGAUGAUUCACCAAGUGUGUUCAAAGCUAGUAUGUCGAAUACUGAUAUCCGGAAAGGUGUAUCUUAUGGUGAUUCUACCAACCGAAAAGAAGCAUAUGAUAAUCCAGAUAAUGGCGCAAACAGGAUGGUAAAAAGCCAGCAAAAUCAGAAGAACAGUGUUUCUGAGGACAAUCAACUGAAGAGGACCAUAAAGCAUCAAUUCAGUAGGAGAGCAAUAUCUGGUCAUUCCAAUCAUGCAGCUCUUCCCACUAAAAGGAGGAGAUUGACUGCUUGUGUCAAGGCAGAGGCCAGCCGUGUCGCUGAUAAUUCCUCAGGAGGCUUGGGAUCAACCAAACAGGCAUUCUCGCUGUCGACGAGCUUUGUAGAUGCCAAAAUUCGUGAUCCAGUUAGCCAUAAGGAGAAUGGAAAUUUAAUUGCUUCUUCAGCUGGCAAAAGUGUGAAAGAUUAUCAUGAAGAAAGUAUUCUCAAUGACAAUCCUAAAUGCAAGUCCACUUCUUGUGUUAAGAAGUGUGAAUCGCAGAUGCCGGUCACCUUCAACAUGCCUCAUGAUCCAUCUACAAAUAGUGAAAUGGCAAUGGACAAGGAAGAUGGACAGUGCUUAAAAGAAAAGGAUCCGUUUCAGACUUCUGAUACUCAGGAGGUAGUUGAGAAACCACUGAGAACCUCUUGUGAUGUUGAUUCUGUGGAACAGCAGCCUAAUGCAAAUCCCAGAAGGCAGAGCACAAGAAACCGACCAUUGACAGUGCGAGCAUUGGAAUCAAUAGCAAAUGAAUUCUUGCAUGUGCAGAGGAGACGGAAAAGGAAAGACAUCCAGACGCUCAAAGAUCCUUCUUUUAGUCCUUGCCGCAGGGCUCGUUCAAGACGCGAUUGUUCAGAUCAUGGAACUGCAGUAUCAGCAGAAGAAAAGAAUUUGAAUGGAGAUUCUGGUGUGUUAGCAAAAUGUUUGCAAGCCUCUACAUCAAAUUAAAGAAUACCUGUCUAUUUUACUUGUUAACUUUGAAGCUACCUGUCUAUCUGUCAUUAUGAAGUUUUGGAUGCAAAUAUGUUCUAAAGCUGCUGAGGUUAUAAGACAUACUGUACAGACUUUUGGCUAGACUUGAGAGAAUGUUGAUGCAAUCAGCUGUUUAUACUUAAAAGGAAUAGAAAACUGCUUUUUUAGUUUGUGUUAUUUUUCUAACAAUGUUGAGCAUGUCCACAUUUGGCAAAUUAGUUCUUGAUCAUUUUCCAAAUUAGAUUAGUUCCCGAAAGAUCAAUCAUUUGGCAAAUUAGUCCUGAUAAAAAGCUAGCAAAAUCAGAAGAACAGUUUCAGGAGG